AUGAGAUAUUCCGCCCCUACCGUUGAUGACUAUGAAGAGCUAGCUUCUCAAAUCAGAGAAGGCUUUUGCUUUAAUACGCAUCACGCAAAGGGACCACAAAUCACACACUGGAUUGGUGUAGAAUUUGAAGAUGGAGAAAUCUCCUAUCAGAGCCUUUGCAAGAAUUGCGCUAAGGCAAACAAAAAGACUGUAGACACGUUCCGAAUUAGGUGUAGAGGCGCAAUGGCUGAAUUGCCAUCCCUCGCUAUCCGAACCGCAUACGUUGACACACUCCCACCGUCACCUAGAUCCACACCAUCGUCAUCGCCCACAUCAUCUUCUUCAUCAUCGCCGUUACUGUCAUCGAGAGAAAUGACAACCCAGUGGCCCAAGAUUGCCAACGUACAAAAUCCCGAGCCCAAGGUUGCUCCAAAACCCGUAGUAGUCGCGCAGUCCGUAGGACAGAAGAUACGCGACGAGCCGAAAGGCAAAGGGAAAGAAACCCUUACAGAAAAUAUCAGGAUGUCGUCAGGUUCCUCUAAACCUAAGGAGUCGACUGGUACUCAGAAGCCAGAGAAAGUAGCACCAAUUGAAAUCAAGAAAGAAACCUUCGCGGAAGAAAUCUUGAGAUUAAAAAGAGACUACGGAAUCAAGGACAAGACCACUGAAGCGACUAAAGUAGAAGUCGUGGAAGUGGAAGUCGUUGAAGUAAAAGCAGUAGUCCCUGCUAAACAAAAGGACGAGAAAUCGGAGACAACCGAUGAAACAAACAAAGGACCAGUCGAGUCUGGUUUAUCAAAAUCACAAAUCAAGAGACAGAAACAAAAAGAAGCUAGAUUAGCGAGAGCUUCUUUAGUGAAAGUCUCUGAGCAGAAACCUACUGCCGAAACAAAUAAGGAAAAGGAGCAGAUCCUCCCUGCUUUAACAAAUGAGAAGACGGAGCAUGAAACCGUAGAGAAGGUUGCAAAACCUAUCGAAGAGUCGUUGUCCGACCUCGAUAAAAUAAUCGCAGAGAACAUGCUAAAACGCGCUAUGGAAACAUUAGAAGCGCUGAGAGUUGCUGAACGCCGAAAGGCCGAGGAAGCAGCAGAGAUACUCCGACAGAUCAAGGAGGUCUCAGAGGUUGUUAUGCCAUCAACAAUAGAAAAGGCAAUGGAUGUAGUCCGUAGGACAGAAGAAACAUCCAAGGUUGAAACACCUAUUGAAAUAGAAAGUGCAGUCCGUAGGACAGAAGAGGCACUAGAGAUACCGGUUGAAAGUCCGAGGACCCCAAAUAUUCUAUACCGUUCCCCACGACGAAAGUCUGAGCCAUAUCCCGAAGGCGAAGACGAAGUCCCAGAGAGUUAUAAAAGAACCGAAGAUAGAGAUCGUCGAGAAGACCAGGAAUGGAAUCACCUGGCAGUAAUAAUCCAUCCCACAAAGAGCAAGAAUGCUCGUGGCGCAAUAGAGGAAGACUGCCGAGAAUUCCUAGUCAACGAUGUAGACCAUUACAUCCUAUUCGACGACAAGGAUGAAUCAUACUGCCUUAAGCAAAAAAGGAAGUUUGAGGUAGAUUCAUGGUUCACCACGGCUUAUGGCCGCCUAAUCACUCAAAUGGACGAAUGGAACGAUGCCCCAUGUACUUGGGAUGAAAUAGAGGUAGAGAUGCCUCUCCAAAGAACCAUCUAUGAGAAGAAAGAGGAGCUAGCCGAAGUAAAGGCUGGUAAAUCAAGGGAAGAACCAAUGGAGGAGAUAACGACCGCUGGUGUUGAAGAAUAUGUGAUCAAAGUCACUUCUUCACCAUGUCCGAUCCCCAGAGUGUUCCUACCGAGACAUAGGUCCUCUGAGAAAACUCAGAAGUCGUCAAACGAGGCGCAAAAACCGGUUAAGCCACCGGUAGAGAAAAAGGCAAUCCCCAUCCCUAGGGCUUUUAAGCCGAGAACAGAAAAAAAAGAGAAGACCCCAGUCACAAAACGGCCCGAAGUGCCGAUAUGGUUCUCGAUGUGCAUUUGCACACCCCGAAAGGAGUAG